AUGUCUAGCCAACCUCUUCUCCAAACCGCCCCGGGCAAGCGGAUCGCCCUCCCUACUCGUGUUGAGCCCAAGGUUUUCUUCGCCAACGAGCGCACAUUCCUCUCAUGGCUGAACUUCACCGUUAUUCUGGGCGGUCUGGCCGUCGGUUUGCUGAACUUCGGUGAUCGCAUCGGCCGCAUCUCCGCAGCCCUCUUCACUAUCAUUGCAAUGGCCGCCAUGAUUUAUGCAGUCGUCACAUUUCACUGGCGCGCUCAAAGUAUCCGUCGCCGUGGACAAAGCGGUUUCGAUGACCGCUUUGGUCCCACCAUUUUGGCUAUCGCUCUCUUGGCCGCUGUCGUGGUCAACUUCAUCCUGCGCAUGCAGGACAACGAAUUGAACUGA